CUCUCUCUUUCUUCCUCGCCGGGUCCCCCGGGGAGGAGCGCCCAGCGAUCGGCGGGGGAGGCCAGGCCGGCGGCGGCUUCUGUGAGCUCCUGCCUUCCUUCUGUCCCUCCCUUCCCUUCCUUCGCUUCCCGCCUCCCCCUCCUGGCCGCUGCCUGCCCAGGGUCCGGCGGGCGCUUCGGCGGGAGGCUGGCCGAGGGAGGAGUCACUCAGGAGCAUGGCGGCUUUGAACUGGAAGCCAUUCGUCUACGGAGGCCUGGCUUCCAUCACUGCAGAAUGUGGUACUUUCCCAAUCGAUCUGACGAAAACACGGCUGCAGAUCCAAGGGCAGAAAAUCGACGCCAAGCAUAAAGACAUCCGCUACCGUGGAAUGCUUCAUGCGUUAGUGAAAAUAUUCAGGGAAGAAGGAUUGAAAGCUUUAUACUCUGGAAUAGCACCGGCUAUGCUGCGCCAGGCCUCUUACGGGACCAUAAAAAUAGGCACUUAUCAGAGCUUGAAAAGGAUAUUUAUCGAACGGCCAGAAGACGAAACUCUGGCUGUCAAUGUCUUGUGUGGGAUUCUGUCAGGAGUCAUUUCCUCUUCCAUUGCUAACCCCACUGAUGUGCUGAAGAUCAGGAUGCAAGCUCAAGGAAGUCUCAUCGAAGGCGGCAUGUUUGGGAAUUUCAUGAAUAUUUAUCAGAACGAAGGCACCCGAGGCCUGUGGAAGGGAGUCUCUCUCACUGCCCAGAGAGCCGCGGUGGUGGUUGGUGUGGAGCUGCCCAUCUAUGACCUCACCAAGAAGCACAUCAUCCUCAGCGGGUUCAUGGGAGACACCGUGUACACUCACUUCCUAGCAAGUUUCACCUGCGGCUUGGCGGGAGCCUUGGCCUCCAACCCCAUUGAUGUGGUGAGGACACGGAUGAUGAACCAGAGAAGCUCACGCACUGGGCCCCAGCAUGGCUACAAGGGGACUCUGGACUGUUUGCUUCAGACCUGGAAGAGCGAAGGUUUUUUUGCAUUGUACAAAGGAUUCUGGCCAAACUGGUUAAGGCUUGGGCCUUGGAAUAUAAUUUUCUUUGUGAUGUAUGAACAGCUGAAGAAAUUGGAUUUCUGACAGCCUGGAAAAUUGAAGAGGCCACGUCUUCCAUUGGUAUAGCACCUCAAGUGCUCUUUCAGAUAUCCAAGUUUGCAGAAUUGGACAAAUUAAAUUGUUGCUGCAAAGAACAUUGAAGUGCUCAAGCAUUACAGAAGAGAGUGUAACUUGAGAGUAAAACAGUCCUUAGAAUUGGUUCUGAAUUUCAACUUUCAUAACUAUUACGAACAUUUCACUGUUGACAUGUCUAAACGGGAGCAAGUGAACUUAAUAAUUAGGUGCAGGGUUUCUUUCAGUCUUCGUUCUCUUAAAAAUAAGCUCUUUCCAACAGCCAAUAAUUCAUGUGUUCACAACCUCAAGAAUCCGUAUUUUACACCAAAGACUAGACUGUGACUAAGCUUAUUUUAUGAAGCAUCCUAUUGUAUGGAACAGCGUCGCAUAAAUAAUGUGCCAAACAUUAUUUGCAAAACAGCGUUGAACAUCCUUUUUUUCUUGAAACACCUCAGUGGCAUUUCUUCUUUUUUUAAAAAAGCAUUACAUUAAUGCUGAAUUAAAUUCAUUACUGUUAGGUUUCAGCAGUGUCUUAAAAUAUUUUGCCCUAUCUGAUGAUUUGAGUAGACCUAAUCUCAUAUAGUUUUUAUUUUUAAAAGAUUCCAUUGUGGGCAAUAGACGAACUCUGAAUAAACAUUGUUUCAUAGUGCUUUCUGAGAAAGUAUUAAAUUGCUGCCCUUCUCAAGGUUUGGGACAAUAAUAAUAUCAAUCGUUACAAGUGAUGUUGAGGUUGUGAAGGCCCAUUCAUAUAUGGCAAGUUAUGGAAGAUACCUUGUAUGCCUGCCUGAAUAGACCUGAUUUUUCUUCCAUUUUCCUGGAUUGCGUCCAGAGAAACCAGCAACACCUUAAGCACAGACAAUUGUUUGUGUUAAGAAGAGAGCACAAAGUCUUCACUUCCCAGAGACUGCUGCCUUUCUUCCCCAAAAUAUUUAGAAAUAAAAUUGCCACAGGUGUGGGCCUACGUGGGACCACUGUUUGGGAAAAGCUGCUGCCCGUAUCAGUUUCACCACAUGAAAUUGUUUCAACCAAAUAGGAAUUUUAUGUAUGUUUUCAGUCCUGCAUAAAAGUCAUUUUCAUACAGGAUCAUAAAGUUUGAGUCGGAGGUGAUAAUUUGAGAUCACCCCGUUUUGCUCCAAGAGACCUUUCCUCAGGAGAAGAAGUUGGACAGACAACUUGAGAUGUCAGACCAGGCCAAUGUGGUCUCCUUUUGGAAACAGCUUCAUUGAAAUCUGUACACUGACCAGGUCAAACUUACUGAAAACAAAGGUUAACAAUGUGUUUUGUUAUGUUUUUAAAUUCUGAGAGUAUCUUUGUAGAAUAUAAAUAUAAUGAUAGUUUGUAAGUCGUAGGCACAAAGCUUCAUGUAUUUAUAUGGAAGUGGUUGAAAUAGUUUGUAAAUUUCAGCAAGACACAAGUUUAAGGCAUGUUGGUUUUCUAUGCAAUUUCGAAGGUGCACAAGGCACGUAUAUAUUGACAAAAAUGUCUUCCAUGAUAGGAUUUUAAAGGUUAAAAUGACAGCUUUGGGUCACUUUUAUUAGGAGUAUGUGUACAAACGGGUACAAUAAUUUUGUCUGAAUUGCAAAACAAGUCGAGGUUUAAUCCAUGAUGAUGGUCCAUGGAUUUUGAAUUCUAAGAUUUAGAUUUUACAUGGUUGAAAUCGUUUUUCUGUAAAUUGUUCUGCAGUAUAUAUUGAGGCAAAAGUAGACGCUGUUUUUUUAAAAAAUUAGAAUCUACAUCGGAAUUUAUAUUCCAUCUUCACAGGCACAAACAGCUUGAAUGGAGUUGCAGAUGCGCCUGUACUUCCUUUUUCUUUUACCAGCAAAGAGAAAUGUCACAUUUUUAUUAAUAAUAGAUAAACAGUAGAUGCCUGGUUUGAGGCAUAUAUGUUACUUAGCCUCCUUCCCCAGCAAACUUCCUUGAUGGCAGCUUGGUUCUUCCAUACCAAAAUAUAAUCUGUAUUUUU